AUGAUUAUUUGUAAAACACAUUCGUUACGAAAAUGGUUUGGUCUUGUAUGGCUUAUGUUUGAAUUAAAUUUAAUCGGUGGUACUAUAUUAGGUUUUUCUGCAUUAUUUAAAAUAUUACCAAAAUAUGGUGUCUAUGGUAAUUAUUGUUUAACAACAAUAACAGGGACAGUUUGUGAUCGGCAAACAAAAAAAUAUCAGUUUGCACUAACAUUAGGUAUAUGCUUUUAUGGUGGUUUAGCAGUGUUUCUAGGAAUUUUAAUUGAUUAUUUUGGUUCACGUUUUGUUAAAUUAAUAGCAAUAAUUUUCCAUGUUACCGGAUGGCUUUCUUUAGCAUUGGUGCUAAUUGACAGUGGACGAUCAACAUUGAAAACAUUAUCAUUUAUCUGGAUGACAUUUGGAAUAUUAAUGUUCGGUAGUUCAUGUUUAUUUAUGGAUUGGAAAUUUCCAUUAUUAAAUUUGCCAUACAAAUUUGAUUCAAGAUUAGAAGAAAUACAAAAAGAUAUAAUUCGUAAAUAUAUUUUUCGAUCGUAUGGAAGAUAUGCUGUACAUAAACCGUUUUUCUUAAAAGGACCUGAUACCAAUAAAAUUAAAUGGUAUAAAAUGAUUUGUAAACGAAAAGGUUUAUGGAAACAUUUAACAAGUCCAUUAUACAUCUUAGUUGUAUUAUUUUUAAGUAUUUUACUUAUUCCAUCUACUUUUCUGUCUGUUACAUGGUAUCCGUGGGUAUUUUAUAUUACAAAUCAAAAUAUAAAAUUAGCUAAUCAAUACACAUUUGCAUUUAACUUAGUAUCAAUUUUUGCAAUUCUAAUUUGUCCAUUUAAUGGUUUUAUGCUUGGAUUUAGAGCUGAUCGUAGUCAUAAACAAAAACUUUUAAACAUAUCAUUAAUGCAAACAAUAUCAUGGAUAUUAAGUAUAAUAUUAUGCAUUAUCUGUUUAUUUGUUAAUAUCAGAUUUGUUAUUCCUGCACUGGUUUUGAGAUGUUUGGCCAGAGCAACAAUUGUUAGUGGUGGUCAAGCUGUCAUAGCCACUUUUUUCCCAUCGGAACAUAUUGGUACUUUAUCUGGUGUUAUGUGGACAGCUUGGGCAAUAACAUUAGUUCUCGUGGUAUUGAUGUUAUGUCAUUUAAUUCAAAUAUGGUUUAAAUAUAUUAAGGAGAAAAACGUGAAUACAACAAAUGAUGUGAUAACAACAAGAUUUUAA